AAUACUGUCGUUUACCUGCAAAACAUACUUCCAAAAAGGGCAUUGAACAAAAUGACACCCUAUGAAGCUUGGCACCAUGUCAAACCAGCAGUGGAUCAUCUUAGAAUAUUCGGUAACAUCUUCUACAUUCAUGCGCUUGAGGCAAAAAGGUCUAAAUUGGAACCAAGGGCUGAGGUAGGAGUGUUCUUCGGAUACAGUUUACAAGCAAAAGGAUACAGAGUAUUUAGUCUCGGAAGUCUAAAAAGGUUCAAGUGGCCAGAAACAUAAAGUUUGAUGAAAAUGCAAAGUGGAAUUGGGAGUCUAACCUGGUUGAGACAACUAAUAACAGAAUACUUGGUUCAGGGUCACUGCCAGAAGUCAUUUAUGAACCUGAUUAUGAUCCUGAUGACACUGAAUUUACUAUUUCCCAAAUGUUAGGGAUUUUAUUGUUUUUAUCUUCAAAUUAGGCCGUUUCCAAUGGCUCAGUGUCUGUUAUUGUGUCAGGGUAUCUAUUACAGAUCCCUAUGCACCUGGAAUAUAGGAAUACCAGCUCGAGUGUUUGUAUAGCUGGUUCUUGUAAAAAGCUUUUAUCUCUCAUCAACCGGUUCUCUAUAUACACGGCUGAUGCUUAAUGAAAUGUGUGCCCUUCAUUUUCAACAAAUUCCUUUUCUGUUCAUUGCUUGCAGUCUGCUUGAGUAACUGCUGCCAUUUCUCAUGUUCAUUUGUAAUGACCUUAAUCCAGGGAUUGAUUGAAGAGGCAAAACUGGACCACAUCAAUCUUCCUUAUUAUGCACCUACCCCAAAAGAAGUGAGGCACGUAAUUCAAACUGAAGGGUCGUUUCAGAUCCAGCGACUUGAAACUUAUAAAAUAGAUUGGGAUUCUAAGAGCCAAAAUGGUAUGAAAGGCAAAAAUGUCGCCAGGACUAUAAGAGCAGUUGCAGAAUCCCUUCUGGAAAAUCAUUUCACUGGCCUGAACAUGGAUGAUCUGUUUGAGAGAUUUGCCAAGAAGAUAAGCGAAGUACUUGGAGAGGGAAAGAUGCUAAUGUACCACCAUCGUAAUUCUGCAACUUUUAUAAAAUUCAAAUCAUAGGAAUGGGCUCAGCUCAAAUGAUAGGCGUGAGAACCAAUUGGCUGCAAUCAAAUUCCAUUAUCAACUUCCUUGAUCAUGUUAAAACUUUAAGAUUUAUUUUGUAUUGUUCUGCAAUGUGUACAAGAACGACGUUUUCGUUUGUUUGCAUGAAACCAAGUAGAUAGAGACAAAGAAUAAUCUUGGGAAGAAUCGAAGACGGCUCUUCUACUAAACCGACAAAAAUUUUCCCAAUGCCAAAGCUCUUGUUGUUGUCAUCAACCAGAAGUACAGAAGUAAUCAAUUCUUUUUGGCUGGGUGAAAUGUAUUUAAGCGAUCAUAAAGGCAAAACAAGAAACUAGAACACAGGUUACCCUGAAAUCUCUUCAGAUCCUCUUCACCGAUUCCAAAUUCUGGUCACCAACAUGUUUUCCAAAAACAACAUGCCCUCUGCCCAAACAGUUGUGUCAACAGCAGCUUCUAUCGCUGCUUCAGCAAUGGUUAUUCAGACCGUAGCCCGCAACUUGUUACCAUCUGAACUUCAAGCUUAUAUGUUCAAAUAUAUAAAGGGCUUUUUCAAAUCGUUUUCCUUUCAGAUAACCUUAGUCAUCGACGAAUUUGAUGGUUUAACAGGCAACCAGAUCUACAGGGCUGCAGAAAUCUAUUUAGGAAACAAAAUCUCUCCCUCUACCAAACUUUAUAAAGUAAGCAUGCCAGAAAAGGAGAUAAACUUUGCUGUUUCCAUGGCGAACAACCAAGAAACGAUGGAUACUUUUGAUGGGGUUCAAUUUAAAUGGAGGCAGGUUACCAGACAAGUUGACUCCAAUCACAUGGCAGCUCAAGGUCAUACUUACAAGGUCCGAUCCGAAAUUCGAUCUUUUGAGCUUACUUUCCACAAGAAACACAAGGAUAAGGUUUUAAACUCCUACUUGCCUUUUAUAUUAAAAGAAUCAAGUUGUUUAACAGAAGAGAAGAAAACCUUAAAGCUCUACACUUUGUACGACUAUAUGCGGAGGCAUGGAGGCGGAGUAUGGCAACCAAUAAUCCUUGAUCAUCCUGCAAAAUUUGAAACACUGGCGAUGAAUACAGAGCUCAAGACCAUGAUAAUGGAAGACCUUGAGAGAUUUCUAAAGAGGAAAGAAUAUUACAGAAGAGUAGGGAAGGCAUGGAAACGUGGAUAUUUGUUAUAUGGUCCUCCUGGUACAGGAAAAUCAAGUUUGAUUGCUGCAAUGGCAAAUUAUUUAAACUUUGACAUUUAUGACUUAGAACUCACCGAUAUUCAAACCAACUCUGAUCUGAGGAGAAUACUGAUCGCCACUGGAAACCGAUCAAUACUUGUGGUUGAGGAUAUUGAUUGCAGUCUUGAGUUGCAAGAACGACAAGCUGAACCACGACCUGUUACUGCUUUCAGGACUAACAGAGUAAGUCAAGUAAGGACAUUUCAACUUCUUCCUGAUCCUAUCUCUAUACUGUUUCUUAAGGCUUUUGAAUUGCCCCCUUUUUUUAUUAUUAUUAUUAAUUCCAUAGGUUACACUAUCAGGAUUGCUCAAUUUCAUCGAUGGGCUUUGGUCAAGCUGUGGAGAUGAGAGGAUCAUCGUGUUCACGACUAAUCACAAAGACCGAUUAGACCCAGCUCUGUUACGCCCAGGCCGCAUGGAUGUUCAUAUCCAUAUGUCACACUGCAGCCCUUGUGGUUUCAACACUUUAGCAGCCAAUUAUGUUGGAAUAACUGAUCACCCUCUGAUCUCCACAGCCAGAGAGCUCCUGGAUGAAAUAUCCGUGACCCCUGCAGAAGUUGGUGAGCAGUUACUGAAGAAUGAGGAUCCUGAAGCUGCACUGCAAGGCCUAAUUGACUUCCUCCGAGCAAAGAAAACUGAAGAAGCUGAAAAUUCAAGCUUGUGAUAAAUCAUAAAUAAACUAAUUUAUGAUCCUUGCAAUGCACAGCAGAGCAUGUUUUGUAUCAUAUUGUUUACUCCAAAAAAACUUGCAGUUGAACA